GGCAGACAGUUGACGGAACGAGAUGAGGCAUAUAUCCUUAGGCUCCAGAGUCACCUUACCAAAUCAUACUUGCUUGCCAAUGAGCCAUGGGGCAGUCCUCGGAUUCUGCCUGAAUACAUCCAGAGCAAGUACAGCGACCCUCCUGUCAUGUUUUUUGGUAUUGGCCUCCAGUUAACUACCAUGGACUUGCUCCCUGUUGCCGAGACUCUCAAGGCGCCUAUCUCUUCCCCAGGGGAUGGAGGGCUAAAACCCAUGACCCUUGUUUGGGCCAUUCGUCGUGCUGUUCAACACGAGCUCAAGGCGCAAAUCGAAAACUGGGGAAUCAUAUCGCCCAGCACGAUCCUGAGACAGGUGAUAUGUAUAACCGACAAUAGCUUGGACAGAUUGUCUCACAAGCAUCCGAACGUGGAUGAUGGGAUCCGUCUUCGCACCAUCAAGUGGAAAUACCUGCAGAACUCCGCAGAGGUUCUGCGUGAGCUGACCGGAAGGGAGCCAAAGUGGUACAUAGGUGAUUAUGUUCACAAUAGCGAUUGGCCGUGCCGCAGUGGCUAUAGCCUGCAGGGUGUA